AUGUUUGUAUUGAAUGCAACGAAUCCGUUGUGUAAUAACACAAACAUCACAAUUGAUUCGGCAUUUGUGGACAAAGACUCUGAUUUGGGAUCAGAUGUCAUCACUUUGUUUGCAAACAACACUGUCUAUCAAUUGACUGCCGAAACAACGGAUCCCAUAAAUCCUAUCCCAAACGUUAAGCGAGUGGUCAAACAUUAA